AUGUCGACUUCAUCGGCCGGACAUGAGGAGGAGCGAAAGCCGCUGAUGGAGGAGUUCUACCGGCAGCGGCGGAUUCUGCUCGGCUGCACCAUGCUUAUAGGCGUCGCUGUGAUAGUAUGGAUCAUUGCCAUCUCAACCGAUCAUUGGUUCAUCGUAACAGGUGGUCAAGGAAUCUUCAUACCAGACACCAGACGCUACUUCAAAUCGUCACAUUCAGGGCUGUGGAAGAUAUGUCGGUACGGUGUGACACCCACCGUGCUAGCCAUCUCGAAUGCGACCCGCAAUUUCACCACGCUAUCGUACAUCAACGAGAACCGGAUCGCCAACAUGAAAAAGACAAUAGCCAAGGAGGACUACAUUCAGAGCUUCCUCGCGGAAGACCUGCGGGUAGAUAAUCUGACCGAUAUCGAUGACAACUUCCGGCGGCACCUAUUCGCCAGCUGGAUUACUGAUAACACGGACUACUUCAGCGAGCUGAAAAACGUGUACCACGAGCUUACGGCUCGGCACAGCCAGCAGGAGAGCGUUUCAGUGCAAAAGCUGAAAAACCCGCCACUUAUGAUGCUGGAUCCAACGGAUAUCAGCUCGCUGAAGCAAACGGUUGGCGUUUCCGGUGCGCUGACAACGGUGACAAUCAACUCGACCGAGAUUAACAUCCUGGUGCCGCAGACAUUACGGGAAGCCCUGUUCGACGAGUGGGAGCACAAGGCGGGCGUGGUGUACCUGCUGUGGAGCUUUUCGAAAGCAAUGGCCAUUCAACCGUUCAUCACUAGCGCCGACGGUACCAAAUAUAUCAUUCGGCCGCCGCUGCCACCGAAGAAGGGCCGCAUUGGCAAUGGAUAUGAGUACGUUCCGUUCAAGAAAUGCAAGCUUCACGAUCUUUUCCCCACAGAUGAAGACAUCCGACAAGAUCCGUCCAUCGACGAUGAAAUAUUAGAGAGAGGAGAUCCUUUCUACGUUUCCGAAUUCAAAUCCCAAGAUUACAGCCGCACGGAAGCAUCGUUCGCUUGCAUCACGCUUUUCAUCAUGGCGAUGGGAUUCGUGUUCUCCGUGUACACCUUCAUGAAUCCGCGCUACAUGUUCAAACGGCUAGCAGGUGGCAUACAUUUCAUUUCGGCGUCUACAAGUAUUGUGGUAAUUCAGGUUCUCAUAGCAUCAGUGGAGUACGAAAAGGAAAACAUUUCUUACACCUUCCCGAAAGGCGCGAAGUAUAGCUGGGGUUACGGCUUCUACCUCGCUUGGGCCGUGUUCCUGUUCAAUCUGUACGCCGGUCUGGCCUUCAUGUGGUAUUCGAAAAAGAAGAAGGGCAACAAGGCAGCCACCGAAGAACUGGGAAUGGCCGAUGAACCGAUCAAUAUCGGACGGUAA